AUGGCAAGCGCAUCAGGAUACAAUCAUCAUCGAUUCGCAAGAGCUGUACUGAAGAAAUCGAGGAAGUGGGAACCUUCUUUGACCGUACAACUGUACUCCAACCACUGGAAAUAUGAAAACUCACCUGUUCAUUUCCAGUAUGACGGUCCGGGAAAAAACUUCCUUUUGGCACUUCGAUCCCAAGUAAUACCGGUAUCUCUCAUUCCAUUCUUAUAUGACAUCCAGCCUCCCAUCUCAUUCGUCGAUGGCUGUUUAGUAGUUGAACUGCAAGAUUUCAGGAAAACGCCAGAAGUGAAAUCUAGAGUUGUGAUGAGACCAGCUGCGGAGACUUUGGCACAGACUAUAGAUGUUAUGUUGGAGAGAAAAGGUCAAAAUUGGGAUGAGAGCAUGGGACUAGAAUUGGAAUCUAGGAUUAUAGCCGCAACUUCGCCACCUCUCUAUCUAGGUACAUCCCUCUUGGCCACUCGUAACGCUACACUGGCCCUCGCUUUGACUUCUCCAGCUGGGACUACUCUUGCUGCAGAUGGGAAUAUUCGACCGACCAAUACGAUAGGAGAGCAUGAUUCCAGGACAUCCACGGAUAAAUUACGAAGAUUACUCAGAGCAGGUGAAAAAUCAACUCAAUUCAGGGCUGAAUUCAACGUAUUAAGAGCUAAAGAGCAAUACGAGAUCGUUCGUCAGAAGAGAGAACAAGAAAUCAAAGAAGCUGCAAUUAGGAAUGCUCAAAUCGUCAAUGGAAAUCAAUCAGCUCAAAAUCAACAACAAUCCACUACAGAACAGAACAAUCAAAAUACAAAUAACGCCACCGGUGGUUCUGCAACGAAUGCAGCAGGGGCGACUGUACCCAAUGGUGAACAAGGUGAAAAGAAGAAGAAUAAAAAGAAACGUCAACAACCUGCUCAACCUAUAGAAGAAGAGGAAGAAGAAAAACCAAAACCGAAGAAAAAGAAGAAACAAAACUUAGUUCCAAUAUCUCCAUUAGCUGUUGCCGCUGCCGAACCUGAACCUGAGAAUCCACCUCCGAAGAAAAAGAAAGGCAACAAUGUUCAAAAAGACAACAAUACCAGUAGUAAGAAUGAUACAGCUGCUGAAAUCGCACCUCCAAAGAAGAAAGUUCCGAAAAAGAAAAAGGAUGAAUCAGCUGCAGGUGGGAAUACGACCAACACGACAACUACAGGCGGUGGCCUACCGCUUGGUGUGGGGUUAGCUGCAUCGUAA